AUGGCUCCCAAGGGGCAAAAGUUUGAGCUGAAGACUCCCAAGGGGACGAAGGAUUGGGAGGGAAAGGACAUGGUGAUCCGAGACAAAAUCUUCUCCACCAUCACUGAUGUUUUCAAGCGCCACGGUGCGGUUACAAUCGAUACACCAGUCUUCGAACUAAAGGAUAUCCUCUCCGGAAAAUACGGCGAGGACAGCAAGCUCAUAUACGACCUUGCGGACCAAGGAGGAGAGAUCUGCUCCUUGAGAUAUGACCUAACCGUCCCAUUCGCAAGAUGGCUGGCGAUGAAUCGAGAUUGCCAGGCGAUUAAGCGCUAUCACAUUGCGAAAGUCUACAGACGGGAUCAACCAGCAAUGACAAAAGGCCGCAUGCGAGAAUUCUACCAGUGCGAUUUUGAUAUUGCGGGCGUGUAUGAUCCGAUGCUUCCCGACGCAGAGAUUGUACGUAUUACCACUGAAAUUUUUGAGGGACUUGGCUGGAACGGACGAUAUACGAUCAAGCUCAAUCACCGCAAAAUAUUGGACGGAAUUUUUGAGGUCUGCGGUGUACCAAGCGAGAAGAUUCGUACGAUAUCAUCUGCGGUCGACAAGCUAGACAAAUCACCAUGGGCAGAAGUUCGCAGGGAAAUGACAGAGGAUAAGGGCCUUGCGGAGGAAGUAGCCGAUAAGAUUGGAGAAUAUGUCGUGCUGAAGGGUCAGAAAGAUCUGUUAAGCAAACUGCAAGACGAUGCAACGCUAAUGGCAAAUGCAUCUAUGAAGGCUGGUUUGGCAGAUAUGGAGCUGCUCUUCACCUAUUUGAAAGCUUUUAACGCCCUAGAAAAUGUCUCGUUCGACCUGAGUUUAGCACGUGGGCUCGACUACUACACCGGCAUGAUCUUCGAGGUUGUGACGGAAGGCUCGGCUCCCCUUGCAAGCACAUCUGUCGCUGCAGCUGCAGCUGCAACCCCCAAGCCUUCGAAGAAAUCCUCCGGCAAAAAGGGUGGCGUGGAUUUUGAUGAGGAUCGCUCAUCGGAUCCGAGCGUUGGCGUUGGCAGUGUAGCCGCAGGUGGCCGUUACGACAAUCUCGUGGGGAUGUUCUCUGGCAAGAAUCAAAUUCCUUGUGUUGGUAUUUCAUUUGGUGUGGACCGGAUUUUCUCCAUUACCAAAGCCAGAAUGGCAGCCGACAAGAACGCAGAACAGGUUCGGAAUAACGAAACCGAAGUUUUUGUUAUGGCAUUUGGUGGCAAGGGCUUUACUGGGCUCUUGGAGGAGAGACUAUCCAUUUGCACCAAGCUGUGGGAGGCUGGGAUAAAGGCAAGAGCUGAGUUUCUCUACAAAAUCAAGCCAAAACUGGGGAAUCAAUUUAACGCAGCUGAGAAGAAUGGCUGCCCAUUAUGCGUCGUUAUCGGUGAGGACGAAAUGGCUCAAGGUAAAGUCAAGAUUAAGGAGAUGGGACUUCGAGAUGGUCACCCUGAGAAAGAAGGCGUCAUGGUCAGCCUUGACGACCUCGUACCUGAGGUCAGGAAACGCAUACUGCGCAAGUCAAAUUUAGAGGAACUUGUUCAGGAGGCCGCGGGACUAAAGGUUGUUGGUGGAAUACGGGGUGAGCCUGAGCCUGUGCCUGAGCCCCAGCCAACGAAAGGCCUAGAAGGUGCCGCGCUCACCGAAGCCCCCGCGGAGGUCUCCUCUACUUCACAAGAAGCUAUCCCAGCCGUACCUGCUUCAUAA